GUGAAACAGAGGAAGUUGAAGAAAAAAGAACAAUAUUUGCAAAUAUAGAAUCAGUUGUUAGACUUCUGCGGCAAAAGCAGCCUGCUGAAGCUAGACUGUCAGAGGAAGAAAUAAAUGACCUGGCAGAGGAAAGAACAAUCUUGCUUUCAAUCCUAGACUCACACUUAAAGGAUUAUCAACAAGUACAGGCUGUUAUACAAAAACAGCAAGAUAUUGAAAGGGAAAUUAAGAAGCUGUCAGAAGAAAGAAUCCAGCUACUUGCACAUUUGGAAUUAAAUAUGAAAGAUUUGGAAGAAGCCCGGGCUCUUGCAUCUACCCAGCCAUCAGAAAUGAAUGAGAACAAAGUAAAGGAACUGGAAAAACAAAGAGCACUCUUGGCUGAUAAUCUAGAGGCAAAUCUACAACAACUUCAGAAUGCUAGAUCUUUUGAAGAGAAGAAGAUUGAUAAACUCACAAAACAAAACCAACUUUUGUUUGCAAGUUUGAAAUCAAAUGCAAAGGAAUUAGAAGAAGCUGAGGCUCUUGCAACUACACAUCCAAGCAAUAUUACUG